CAUCAGAACAAAGCUCUCUAUACUCAUAACAUUAACGAAAGAAGAAGACACCAACUUAGCUCAGCAACACCCAACAUGGCUUUGAAGACGGCGUCGACCAACAGUAUGUGGAUGACUGAGGAAUGCAAGAGAUCGUUCAUGGAGAUGAAGUGGAAGAAAGUGCACAGAUACAUCGUUUUCAAGAUCGAGGAGAAAUCCAAGAAAGUCACCGUCGACAAGGUUGGUGCUGCCGGCGAGAGCUAUCAUGAUCUCGCCGUCUCCUUGCCGGAGGAUGACUGUCGCUACGCGGUUUUUGAUUUCGACUACGUCACCGUCGAUAACUGCCGCAUGAGCAAGCUCUUCUUCAUCACCUGGUCGCCGGAAGCGUCGAGGAUAAGGGAGAAGAUGAUGUACGCAACGUCGAAGAGUGGGCUGAGAAGAGUGUUAGAAGGCAUUCACUAUGAGCUUCAAGCCACUGACCCAACCGAGAUGGGAUUUGACAAAAUCCAGGACCGGACCAAAUAAGUUUACAGUCCAUUUAACCGGAACGUCAGUGAUUACUAGCUGUUAUUAACAACAGUAAUGAGCAGCAAUUAAUUAUCUGUUAAUGUUAGCUAUUGAUGUUUAGUACUGAUUAACUUCGUAUUUGCUUUUAGUUGUCAAACAAAAGAAUAUCACUCCUUUUGUUGACAAGAGAUCGAUGUAUCGACUAUUGUUGUUUCUGGUUCCUGUUUGUUAGUCUUAAUGUUAAAUGUUAUGUAUGUCUCUUUUGUCGCUAAUGCUAAUAAAAAGCUUAAGUUUA